UAAUUGGACAGUGUUUACUCUUGAUCCAUUACUGUAUCCAUUCACAUUUCUUCAAAAAAAUUCUCUCAAAACUUUAUUUACAACUUACUUCCUUGCUAAUUUACUUUACCAAGCAAACAUGGCUGCAGCUUUGGUGGGAGGUGCGUUUCUCUCAGCUACCAUUCAAACCAUAGCUGAGAAGCUUACCUCAUCAGAGUUUCGUGGUUUCGUAAAAAACACAAAGCUCAAUUACUCACAACUGGCAGAGUUGAAAACAACACUGUUUGCUCUUCAAGCUGUGCUGGUUGAUGCAGAGCAGAAACAGUUCAAAGAUCUUCCUGUCAAACAAUGGCUUGAUGACUUGAAAGAUGCAAUAUUUGAUGCUGAAGAUUUGCUUGACUUAAUAAGCUACCAUGUCCUGAAGUCCACGGUGGAGAAAACACCAGUUGAUCAGCUGCAGAACCUGCCUUCAACUAUAAAGAUCAAUUCCAAGAUGGAGAAGAUGUGUAAAAGGCUGCAAACUUUUGUCCACCAGAAAGAUACACUUGGCUUGCAAAGAACGGUAAGUGGUGGAGUUUCUUCUAGAACCCCUUCAAGUUCAGUGCUAAAUCAAUCUGACGUGGUGGGUAGGAAUGAUGAUAAAGAUAGACUCAUCAAUAUGCUGAUAUCAGACCGCAGCACCAGCAGAAAUAAUAAUUUAGGUGUUGUCGCAAUUUUGGGUAUGGGAGGCGUCGGUAAAACGACCCUUGCACAGCUUGUUUACAAUGAUGUGAAAGUUGAACAACAUUUUGAUUUCAAAGUCUGGGUUUGUGUAUCGGAGGAUUUCGAUGUUGUUAGAAUAACCAAGUCUCUCCUUGAAUCUGUUGUUAAAAGUACAACAUCAUCUGCUUCAAAGGUUUGGGAAAGCGAUAAUCUUGAUAUCCUUCGAGUUGAAUUGAAAAAGAACUCGAGGGAGAAAAGAUUUUUGUUUGUGUUAGAUGAUUUGUGGAAUGAUGAUUACAAUGAUUGGCUUGAGCUAGUAAGUCCACUCAAUGAUGGAAAACCUGGAAGUUCGGUGAUUAUAACAACUCGCCAACAAAAAGUUGCAGAGGUGGCACACACAUUUCCUAUUCAUGCAUUAGAACCUCUAUCUCAUGAAGAUUGUUGGUCUUUACUCUCGAAACAUGCAUUUGGUAGUAAGGACUGUGAUCGCCGUAAAUACCCAAACCUAGAAGAGAUUGGCAGGAAGAUUGCUAAAAAAUGUGGUGGAUUGCCAAUAGCUGCCAAGACACUUGGAGGACUUAUGCGUUCAAAGGUAGUUGAAAAGGAGUGGACUUCAAUUCUCAACAGCAAUAUAUGGAACUUACGAAAUGAUAAAGUUUUGCCUGCUUUGCAUUUGAGUUAUCAAUAUCUUCCUUCUCAUUUGAAAAGAUGUUUCGCCUAUUGUUCUAUUUUUCCAAAGGAUUACCCACUUGAGAGGAAAAAACUGGUUUUGUUGUGGAUGGCAGAAGGCCUCCUUGAUUAUUCUCAAGGCGAAAAUGUGGUGGAGGAAGUUGGUGAUGAUUGUUUUGCUGAAUUGUUAUCAAGAUCGUUAAUUCAACAAUUAAGCAAUGAUGCUCAUGAAGAGAAGUUUGUCAUGCAUGACCUUGUCAAUGAUUUAGCUACAUUCGUAUCAGCAAAAAGUUGUUGUAGACUUGAAUGUGGUGACAUCCCUAAAAAUGUUCGACACUUCUCAUAUAACCAAGAAUACCAUGACAUUUUCAUUAAGUUUGAGAAAUUAUACAGCUUCAAAUGCUUGCGAAGCUUCCUAUCCACUUACUCCACAAUGUACAAUUACAAUUACUUAUCCUUAAAGGUGGUUGAUGAUUUCCUACCAUCACAAAAAAGGUUGCGUGUGUUAUCCCUAUCAAGGUAUAAAAACAUCACCAAGCUACCAGAUUCAAUUGGAAAUUUGGUGCAGUUGCGGUAUCUAGAUAUCUCCUUCACUAAAAUCAAAAGUUUGCCUGAUACAGCAUAUAAGCUUUACAAUUUACAAACCUUGAUUUUAUCAAGUUGUGAGAGUCUCAUUGAAUUGCCAGUACAAAUUGGAAAUUUAGUCAGUCUACGUCAUCUUGAUAUAAGUGGGACUAACAUAAGUGAGUUGCCUGUGGAAAUUGUGGGACUAGAAAACCUUCAAACUCUCACCCUUUUUAUAGUGGGUAAGAGACAUGUAGGGUUAAGUAUCAAAGAGCUCGAAAAAUUCCCAAACCUACAUAGAACACUUACCAUCAAGAACCUGGAUAAUGUUGUUGAUGCCGGAGAGGCACACGAUGCCAACCUGAAAAGCAAAGAAAAAAUUGAGGAUUUAGAGCUAAUAUGGGGAAAACAAAGUGACGAGUCGCAAAAAGUGAAAGUUGUGCUCGAUAUGCUGCAGCCGCCAAUAAAUCUGAAGAGCCUGAAUAUUUGCUUGUAUGGUGGGACAAGCUUUCCAAGUUGGCUGGGAAAUCCUUCAUUUUCAAACAUGGUAUCCCUCCGUAUUAGUAAUUGUGAAUAUUGUGUGACACUUCCACCCAUAGGGCAGCUACCUUCUCUCAAGGAGUUAGAAAUAUGUGGUAUGAUGAUGUUGGAUACAAUUUGUUCGAAGUUCUAUUAUGUCCAGGGAGAAGUAGGUUCCAAUUCUUCCUUCCAACCAUUUCCAUCCCUCGAGCUUAUAAAAUUUGACAACAUGCCAAAUUGGAAUGAAUGGUUUCCCUUUGAAGGUAUAAAAUUUGCAUUUCCUCGACUCAAAACUAUGGAGUUGCGUAAUUGUCCUGAACUAAGGGGACAUUUGCCUACCAACCUUCCUUGCAUCGAAGAAAUUGUAAUAAAAGGUUGUUCUCAUCUAUUGGAAAAACCAUCUACUUUGCAUUGGUUGUCGUCAAUAAAAGAAAUGAAUAUCAAUGGGCUUGGUGAAAAGACACAAUUGUCAUUGCUUGAUAGUGAUUCUCUAUCUAUGAUGCAACAUGUAGUGAUUGAAAAGUGUGCUGAGCUAUCAGUUGUGCCAAAAUUGAUUUUGAGAAGCAUUUGUCUUACAUACUUGAGACUCCAUUCUCUUUCUUCUCUCACUGCAUUUCCCUCAAGUGGUCUACCCACUUCAUUGCAAUCACUUCAUAUUAAAGAUUGUGAGAACUUAUCCUUUCUACCUUCUGAAACGUGGAGCAAUUACACUUCACUUGUGAGUCUUUAUUUAUGGAGUAGUUGUGAUGCACUUACAUCCUUCCCACUUGAUGGUUUCCCUGUGCUCCAAACACUUGACUUAAGUGAUUGUAGGAGUCUGGAUUCCAUUUAUAUUUUAGAAACACCUUCACCUCAGUCGUCGAGCCUCCGACAUCUUGAAAUCAGAUCCCAUGAUUUAAUUGAAUUGUUUAAAGUCAAGCUUCGGAUGAACUCGCUCACUGCUCUUGAGAAGUUGUUUCUGAAUCAAGGAGUGUUUUCAUUUUGUGAAAGAGUUUGUCUACCUCCCAAAUUACAAUCAAUUGUGAGUUUUUCCCAAAUAACAACACCACCAGUUACAGAAUGGGGUCUCCAAAACCAAACCACUCUUUCAGAACUGGUUAUUGGAAAUGAUGAUAAUAUAGUCACCACCUUGAUGAAGGAUUUGUUGCUACCUAUCUCCCUUGUGGACCUGUCUAUCAUUGAUCUCUAUGAAAUGAAGUCCUUCGAUGGAAAUGGGCUUCGACACCUCUCCUCUCUCGAAUAUCUCUAUUUUUGGAAUUGUCAACAGCUCGAGUCAUUGCCAGAAAACUGCCUCCCUUCCUCGUUGAAAUCACUUUCAUUUCAAAUGUGUGAGGAGCUUGAGUCAUUACCGGAAGACAGCCUCCCCGACUCUCUUAAGCAACUGACCAUUUGGGGAUGCCCAUUGUUAGAAGAAAGGUAUAAAAGGAAAGAACAUUGGUCCAAAAUCGCUCACAUCCCUGUCAUAGACAUAAAUGAAAAAGUCACAAUAUGAGAACAAGCUGUGUUCCCUUUUUCUGGAGAUCAAAGCUUAUGUGGAUGAAAAUCAGUUCACUUGAGAGGAUCCAAAUAGAUAGUUGCAAUUGAUAGCCACAAGAUUGUAUUUACUUGGCUAAUAUUCAGUUUGCAUUUUAUUAUCAUUUCAAAUUUUCUGUUUCACUGCUUUGUUAGCAUGUGUAAUAUAAAGCAUAGAUAAACGGAACAAGUAGUAUAAUCCAUGCUGCUAUUGGUUCUAAAUAUUGGCAACUUGUUUGAGUAACAUAAAGAUUGAUGUUUAUAUGCUUUUUACUA